UUUAAGAUGGCUAUGUACGCAGAGAUCUCCGCAACGGUUAUAAAGAAAAUGAGAAUCAAGCCUCAGAAAGAUAGCUCCCCGCCCAAGAAGAAGAGAGACUAUAUACAGACAGUUAAGGUGAUAGAUGGAAUUUUCAUCGGUGGAUCAGCAACUGCAUCUGAUGAUGCAUUUAUUCACUCCAAUAAAAUUGGAUAUAUAAUCAACUGAUGCCCAGAUACAGAAAUAGAGAACCAUUUCAAAAAUGGACAUAUACAUUACCUAAAUCUGGGAUGGAAAGAUACGAAAAAGUACCCUAGAGGAAUUGAAAUUACCUCUGGAAUAAUUACAAAAAUAUUCACCUUCAUUCAGACUGCCUUGGACCGUAAUUCAGUAAUCCUGAUCCACUCCAAUAGUGGUAUGACAAGAUGUAUCUUAGUAUGAGUUGUGUUCUUCAUGAAGAAGUUCAAAUGGAGCAUGACCAAAUCUAUCGAGUAUAUGUACCUCCUCAGACCGAAUCUCAGCCUAAAUCCAUCCAUUAUCACUCAGCUCAGGAUGUACGAAAAGAUCAGUAAGAAACAUUUUAUCUCCUACGACUGGGAGGAAAUAGAUUUGGAAGGAGAGUAUAAAAAUGAAGAGAUCCUUCUCUCCAACACCUACCUUAACAUCAUAAACAACAUGCAGAAAAAGAACACUCGUAAAGCGUCUAAGGACGAUGAACAGGAUCUGAAAAGCAAAGAUUCCUCUGAGCCAAGAGUAAAAUGGGUUGACAAAGAAUUAAAUCAAAAUUUGGCUACUCUUGUCCCAGAAAAUUUCAAAAGAAACAGCAAGUCACCAUUCAUCAGCCUUGGAGAAAUUGACCCUUUUGUUAAAAACCCCAAAUACAAUGAAAAAUCUGUGCCAAUCAGCGAUAUUGAAUCAGAGGAUCAUUCUUCAAUAGCUGUACCCAGGACAUCAAUUAAAUAAGGUCAGAAGGAAGAGGCAAAUGUUUUUCCCUAAUCCUAUUGCAUCCCCACAGAAAAGAAAAAGCUCUGCAGUAAUUAGUGAGAUGUCAAAACGGUCAAAGUCAGUUCUUGGACUCAGCACAGAUGACCAUACUCCCAGUCUAAAUUCAAAAGAGCCUUACCGGGAGAGCGAAAGAACAGUCUAUGGUUACAUUAAGCUACCUGGAAACACUUCCAAGUUCAGCAGGAAUCCUCAUCAAAAGCCGUUUAAUUUCAAGAAACAAAAGAUAGAUAAGGAAUUACUAAAGAAUCUCGAAGAAAGAAGGAAUCAAAUGAGCAAGACCCAGAAUUUUUAUCUCUGAAAGAAGAGAAAUAAGGUGAAGUACAACUUUUCAAAUCUCGAAAAGAAAAUUAGUAUAAUGGAAAUGGUGCCUAAGAGCAAUAAUUAUACAAUAACUCCUCCGGAUGAAGAUCUGAGCACUAAUCUAUCAACUUGGAGUUCAACUCUUAAAAAUAAAAAGAGGGAUAGCAAGGCAGAGAUAAGGGCAAAACUUGCUUUACUUCGGAGCCAUAGUGAGGAUCGGGCUAAGAGAAGGUGACUUCAACUAAAUACGGCUCAGUACCAUCCAUUUUAUAACACCCCCAGUAAUUGAAUUCUUUAACGUGCAUAAUUAAUUUAUUGAAGAU